AUGAUGAGGCCAAUUUCAAGGGGCGUAUUGCGCCCAUAUGUUUGCCGGUCCUGUCGCAAUGGAGUUGCUGCAAGCCGACGGAGAUUUGGGACCCAAUCCGACCAAACCCCCGAAAUCUACGAUGUAGUCUGCGUCGGUGGUGGUCCGGCAGGCUUGGGGUUACUCGCAGCAUUGCGUGCCUCGCCGAUCACAUCGAAGCUUAAGGUCGCCCUCGUCGAAACCCAGGACCUCAAUAAGGCGCGCGACUGGAAGCUUGACUCUAGUCAGUUCUCGAACCGAGUCAGCAGUCUGACCCCGUCGACUGUUGCAUUUCUGCAGAGGAUUGGUGCAUGGGAGCAUCUAGAUAUUGAGAGAGUUCAGGACUACCAAGAGAUGCAGGUCUGGGAUGGCGAGACCGGAUCGCGAAUAUCGUUUGAUUGGUCCUCCGAGACACCUGCGUUUGAGGAUCUGCGAACAGUUGCUACCAUGACCGAGAAUUCGAAUCUUGUGCGCGGACUGCUAGGCCGUAUUGCUGCGUCUGGAGACGAGAACCUCACUCUUUUCUCCAAUCACACGGUUGCUUCGAUCGAGAAUGGCUCCGAUCUCAAGCCUAACGGACCCGAUCUCUCGGCUUGGCCUAUUCUCUCUGUGAAGCCGACAGGACCUGGCGCAGACACGAAAUCACUGUCGCGAAUUGCCGCACGACUUCUUGUUGGUGCAGACGGCAUCAACAGUCCCGUUCGCACCUUCGCCGACAUUCCCACUCAGGGUUGGGAUUACAACCGCCAUGGAAUUGUCGCAACCCUCGCGCUCGCAGAUCUAGAUCCUCUUGUAUCUAACAGCAAAAUUCACACUGCUUACCAGCGCUUCCUGCCAACACUGGGUGGCCCUAUCGCCUUGCUCCCGCUACCUAACAACCAUGCGACCUUGGUGUGGUCCACUCGACCAGAGCACGCCGCUUACCUCAAAUCUCUCCCCACCCCCGCCUUCCUCGCUAUGGUCAACGCCGCCUUCAGACUGGAAAUGACAGAUCUCGCAUAUAUGAUGGGCAUGUCAACCUCAGAAUCGAUAUCUCACGAAGACGAACUUUCCUGGCGUCUCCAGCACACCUCACCACCAUCUCAAAUUCCUCCCAAAGCUAUUGGAGUGCAAGAAGGCACCGUCGCCUCAUUCCCCCUUCGAUUCCGCCAUGCGGCACAGUACAUCUCUCCCCGUGUUGCUCUCGUCGGUGAUGCCGCUCAUGUCAUUCAUCCUCUUGCCGGCCAAGGUCUAAAUCUUGGAAUGGCAGAUGUCGCUGCCUUGUCACGAACAAUUGAGUAUGCCGUAAGCCACGGUAUGGACGUCGGAGACCUUCUUACUUUAGAGCGAUACUCGUCUGAGCGAUAUCUACCCAACGCGAAGAUUGGAGGUGCCUGUGACCUGCUACAUAAAAUGUACUCAGUUCCCGGACAGGGUCCUAUUACCUGGGCUCGUAGUCUAGGACUGGAUGUCAUCGAUCGACUGCCAUUUGUCAAGUCUUUCCUGAUGAAGAACGCAGAAGGAUAUUAG